AUGCAAGGGCCUGUGCCACAGCAGCUGCGUGACAGAAGGCUCACUGAUCCUCGGGCUGUUCCCAGGACGCGCAGGAAAACGGACAGCGAGUGCUGCGGGAAGAUCAUCAACCCGGGGAAAGAUGCCCGGAGCUUGCCGGACUGCCAUCACAUCGAGAUGUCGGGAGAGCAGGGGUUCCCAACCUGGGGUCCACGGUUCCUGUUACUGGUAUUGGUCUUUGGCAUUAAAAAACCAAAUCUGACACAAAAGGUACGAAAUCUAAACCUGAAUCCGAAAGGGAAGGAAAGUAAACGUCACUGCGAGGAACAUGAGGAAGAACUGAAGCUGUUUUGUGAAACGGACAAGACACUGAUCUGUCUGGUCUGUAGAGACGCGCAGGAACACAGAGAGCACCGCUUCAUGCCGAUUAAAGAAGCUGUUAAAAUCUACAAGGAUCAGCUAAAAUCUUCCUUAGACUCUCUCACAAAAAAGAAAUCAGACUUCCAGGAAAAGGAGCAGCAACAGAAAGAGAAGAUUUCCGGAGUUCGGGAACAGUCACACAGUGUUCAGUCCCACAUCACAUCCCAGUUUGCUGAACUGCGCCAGAUUAUCACUGAGAAAGAGCAGAGCUUACUCAGGGAUCUCAGGGAAGAAGAGAAGAGGAUUCUCAACCCAAUGGAGAAAAAUCUUCUAGCCCUUCAAGAGAAUAUAAGGAUUAUUCAGGAGGAAAUCACUAAGUUAAAGGAACAGAUGGAUCAGAACGACAGUGUGAUGUUUCUCAAGGAGGAAGCUCGUCGGAACAGGAGGAUUAAUGACGAUGUCCAGGAAUUAGCAGUGACAGAUGAGACCCUACCAGUUGAAAACUUCGAUCACCCCUAUUUGUUGAACACAGUGCUGAGAGAAACGCUUGAUGCUAUUAAUCGAGUCUCUGUCACCCUGGAUGUGGAAACGGCGCAUCCGGAGCUCGAGGUGUCUGAGGAUCGGAAGAGUGUGAGAUGGACCGGGACCCGGAGGGAUCUCCCUGACACCGGGAAGAGAUUCACAGACUGGGAAUGUGUGCUGGGAUCGGAGGGAUUCACAUCGGGGAGACAUUACUGGGAGGUGGAGGUGACGGGGAAUCGGUUCUGGUGUCUGGGAGUCGCCGCAGAGUCUGUGGAGAGGAAGGGAGGGGUCAGUCUGAGUCCGGAGACCGGAUUCUGGGUCAUCGGGCGGAAUGGUGACGUGUUACAUCGGGAUUGUGACGUGUCCGGUCUCAUCUCCCCCGAGUCCCGUCUCGCUGCCGGUCCCAUCCCCGGGAGGGUGGGAGUUUAUCUCAGUUACGAGUCCGGGACAGUUUCAUUUUACAACGCGGAGACCAAGUCCCAUCUCCACACCUUCACUGGGAAUAAAUUCACGGGGAAACUUUAUCCUUUCUUCGCGCCCUGGGAUGUGAACCAGUGGCUGAGAAUCUGCUCCGGUUCCGCUCCGGGUCUGUAAACGGGUCGGGUCCCGGGACCGGCGUCAGGAGUAAAGUCCCUGUAAAUAUAAAUGUGCGGAGAGUGCAGCUAAAUACGUGGCUAAGGAGAUGGUGCAGGAGGGAGGGUUUCAUGUUUCUGGACAAUUGGGCUUUGUUCCCGGGAAGGUGGGGCCUGUUCCGACGGGACGGUU